AUGACUACUACAUCUACCUCCACAUCCGUUAACGCUUCUCUGGAGAUUCCGGAGGGAACAUGCGUUCUGACAUACGACGCCCUGGAUGUGCAACACAUCAUCGCGUCCGUUGCAAACGACGGCGUGGGGGCAACCACAGUUUUCAUUGGCACGACUCGAAAUUCGUUCAAAGGGAAACUGGUGACGCGACUGGACUACCAGGCAUACAGUAAACUGGCCGUCAAGACAAUCGCCGAUAUAAUCCACAAGGCACAUACUGCACAUGCCCGUUCCGCUCAUCAUCCAGAACCGAGCUCUGGUUCUCCAGUCAUUCGCUGCGCAGUUCACCAUAGGCUAGGCACCGUACCAGUCGGAAAUCCCUCCAUUGUCAUUGCGGUGUCCUCGCCGCAUCGCAAGGAGGCAUUUCAAGCCUGUGAAUUCAUCCUGGAGGAAGUGAAGUUGAAGGCUCAGAUAUGGAAACGAGAGUUUUAUGAGGGGGAACGGGAGGACGAGGCGGAAUGGAAGGCAAAUAUUGCCGCCUGA